UUUCCCGAAGGAAGGUUCGCCGGUUGGCCAUAGCUAAAAACUUUGCGUACAACCGGGACCCACACAAGGAUCGCAGGUUGAGGAAAGGUAUGAAGCCAAGACCCGGUGGAAGGAGACCAAAAUCUGAGGAAUGCUUAACGAAAUCCCUUGCUUUCAGCAAUACAUCUCUCUCCAUGCUUACAUGAUUCAUUGCAUCCAAUCUUGGCAGCUUAUAAUAAUAAGGAAGAUGCUCCGUGGUGUGUGGGUAUAUAUAUAUAUAGCAUAUGCCUUUUAGGCCCUGAUGAAUAAAUGUCCCUUGCAAGAAAAUUCCAUCCACGCCCAUAUUAAUUAAUUACAUCCACCCAGGCGAUUCAUCAUAUAUAUCUCGGUGUCUCGGCUGGCUAGCUAGCUUUGAUUCCGAUUGACGAUGCAAGGAAACCGAUUCUUCUGCAGCUUCUCUCUCCUGAUUCUGCUGCUAGCUGUAGCUUUUGGACAUGGUAGAGCUCACGGUGGCGGAGGUUUCGUGACGACCAACGGAACGGGCUUCGUCAUGAACGGGCGCCCGUUCUACUCGAAUGGCUUCAAUGCUUAUUGGUUGAUGUACAUGGCGUCCGACCCGGCGGGAAGGAGCAAGGUAUCAUCUGCUUUCCAACAGGCCUCCAGCCAUGGGAUGAAGGUGGUCAGGACUUGGGCUUUUAGUGAUGGCGGACAUAAAGCCCUGCAAUGCUCUCCGGGCUCUUACGAUGAGAAUAUGUUCCAGGGAUUAGACUUUGUGAUUUCUGAGGCCAGAAAGUAUGGGGUCUACCUGAUACUGAGUUUGGUCAACAACCAUGAAGAUUUCGGGGGAAAGAGACAAUACGUGCGGUGGGCAAGGGACGAGGGCCGGUCUACGGGCUCUGAUGAUGACUUCUUCCAGAAUGAUGUUGUCAAGUCUUUCUACAAAAACCACGUCAAGACAAUCCUCACUAGGAACAACACAAUGACAGGAAUGGCGUACAGGGAUGAUCCAACCAUCUUCGCAUGGGAACUCAUUAACGAGCCCCGGUGCCAAAGUGACCUCUCUGGCAGAAUCCUACAGGAUUGGAUUACUGAGAUGGCUGCUUACGUCAAGUCCAUAGACAGCCGGCAUCUGCUUGAAGUUGGAGCUGAAGGGUUCUAUGGAGAUUCGAUUUUUGGAAGGAAGCAAUUCAACCCUGGGGGCUGCGAGGUUGGUACAGAUUUCAUCGCCAACAAUCAGAUCCCCGAAAUUGAUUUCGCCACCAUUCAUGCGUACCCUGAUCAGUGGAUCCCAGGAUCAAGUGAGCAGGCUCAGUUGGUUUUCCUCCAGCAUUGGAUACAAUCCCACAUUGGAGAUGCAGAUGCAGUUGUGAGGAAGCCACUAGUCAUUACGGAGUUCGGCAAGUCCUCCAGGCUUUCAGGCUACACGGUUCGCAAGAGAGACACCAUGUAUCGGAUGGUGUACAACUCAAUAUAUGCAUCAGCCAGAAGUGGCGGCCCCUGCAGAGGUGGCCUAUUCUGGCAGCUGUUGAUUCAGGGGAUGGAUGGCUUCAGAGAUGGCUAUGAGAUCAUAUUUUCUGAAUGCCCCCUCAUUGAAAAUAUCAUCUCUCGGCAAUCCCGUAGGACCUCAAGCCUAAUAAGCACCCCAUAUACACAUCAAAGACGUGAACAUUUCAUUCAGAAACAACAGCAAGGGAGCUGCAAGUAGCAGCAAAUGAGCAGACCACCUGAGAAACAUCUCUCUCUCUCUCUCUUUUGGGUGUACAUGUGAGAAACUAGUUCGCAAGGGUAGGGAUUUUAGAGAUUUGUUGCCCACUCUAAAGCAUUUGAAACAGUUGCUCUGGGACUGAGCAACACAUUCUACUAUGCAAGGAUCAGGUUAGGGUUCCCUCCUAUUUUUUUAUUAAGUUUAUUUAUCAGUUCUUUUUGAUCUUGACAAUCAGUAAUAUGUUAUUGAGCGUUGACAUAUUACCGAGCUUCCUCUCCCCAAAUCCCCAUGGAGCUUCCUCCCAUCCUAAAUAAACGUAUGGACGCACGCCAGUCCAUGCACACGCGUGACACACACACACACCAACACACACACACACAGAGAGAGAGAGAGUAAUCAUGUUGGCAUGGUCAGCUCUUAUACAUACAAAAGUUAAAAUUUUGAUUUCUUUGUGCAUAACUGUGACAAACCUCAUGAUUGUCAAUUUUUUAAUGUAAUCUAUGUUUCCUCUCAAAAAGAUGUGAUCAAUGUUCAUGAUAAUAAUUCUGUGAUGCUUUGUGAAGACCCAUUCAUUUGUCAGAUUUGAUUUGAUUUUAAUAUAUAAAAGAUAAUACCUAUUCCGAUGAUUUUUUUUUUCUUUUUUUUAAAGUGUAAACGAGGGAAGUGUAAGCUUCCUUAGAUUUAUUGUUGGUCCAAGACGUUGCGAUAAAAUAAGGGAAAGUCACUAUAGCAUAGCUACUGCGAUUAAGUUGAAUCUACUAUUUUUGCUUGGUAUUAAUACAUCCAAGGUCCAUUUUAAACUUAAAAUAGUUUCUAGCUCCCUUGACCAUUUGCAUGAUUUCUCUGAUGGAACCCUUAUUUAUUUUCUUUUUGGUGCAAGAUGCAGUCUAUCUAAAGCUUGUCCAAGACAGUCUCUCUAAUAUUUCCUAUUUCUAUCUUCCAUAAUC